GACAAAUUUACUCUUUCAUAACAUUCACAUGAUUGUUCAUUUGAUGCUCUCAUUCUUCCUGGAACUCGGUCUGAAACGCUCCAGGGCAGAGAUCCCAUUAAGCCCUUUUGCAUCGUAAUGUUCAAUGAAUUCCUUCAGGGUAGUCUCCCUGAAAACCGGGGGAUUCCCGUCCGAUAUCAGCUCCUUGAGCGGGCUAUAAACUCGGGAGGAGUUCUCAGGAAGCGGCUGCGGUCUCAAGAAACAGGCCACUGAAAUCCUGGGGCCUAUUGAUUUAGCAACUACUCUGUGCUGAGAGCUUUUGAAUUCCUCAUUAGAGAUCAACUACACGUUCAUUGCCAGAGAAUUGAGCAUGAAAACCAGUUAGUUUUAUAGCAAGACUUUGAAACAAGCACUGUCCAGUUCUGACCUGCAACAAGUCUCCCAGAUUUAUAACAAGAGCAUUUGCUGUGGCUUCACAUCAACCCACUGAUCAUCACACAGGACCUGAAGACCCCCCAACUUGGUCUUGCAGAAGCACAGUGAGAAAGCUGCUGUCAGAAUGGCUGCUAGUUCCUAUUGUCAAAUCCGGCUCUGGACAAGCUGGAUAGUAAUGACCCAGAAGCAGCAAUCCUUCCAAGCAGCCUAUAUUGUUAAGGUAAUCAGCUUUCAGUACCAAUGCUUCAGAAACCAAUUCAAGCAGCUUCCUUGCCAAUCCCAUCACUUUGUUUGAGUAAUCAGCAGUCGUCUUCCUGUUCCAAAACUUAAAUUCGAUUAGAAAUAGCAAGAUUUAUAAGAUUCAAUCUUAUCUUACUAAUUAGCCUUGCAAUCCUACCACUCACAACUCAAAUUGACAGAAGACCAUUCAUUCAUGAUGAGAUGUUAGAUAUUAGUGACAAGUUUCAAAAGGAAACGGUUUAAGAACGCACCUGCAGGCUUGAGGGAGUUCUUGAGGGUUUGGCGGGCGUGCGGCCAUGACACAACGUAAGGUAUCCCUCUGGUUAGCCGCCGGCGACUGAUAUAAAUGGAAAUUGGAGUUGUAGGUAAACGUCUUGUUCAGGAAGUCCCUGGAGUAGAAGCCUUUCUUCACUUCAGCAUCUUGUUCGUGGAACUUUUUCAAUCCUUCGAUGGUCUUAUCCAGAAGGGAAAACGGCUAUAAAAAAUUGGUAAACGAAACUAUAUGCAACAAAGGGUAUAUGUAAUUGUAAACCCUUAGUUCAGCAUUCUGCAAUUGGAGAGAUAGGUCGGUCAAGCAGCCGCAAAUGGCUGUCCCACAUGCUAAAAUCGAAACUGGCUACUAAUUUCAGCAUCAUCUUCAACCCCAUCUUCAAUUAGCCUGAUUCAAUCAUCCAAGUCAAGAUGGUAGAACAGCUUCAAUGCAACAACAGCCCAUUCUGCCGGUCGAGAAAAAGAUGAACCUUGCGUAGAAAGAUCGAGUCUUUGUUACCCAAGAGAGCAAAAGAUCAAGCUUUGUUCGUAUCCGGUACUGUAUAACCAGGUCUACCAAGAACAUUCAAAAGCAAAGACCGAGUGACGUGUUUUUUUCUACAGAGUAGGGCCAUGAACAACGUUACAACGACCCCUCCACUCCAUAACCCACACAAAAGCUAGAAAUGUAUAGGCGCCAAAGACUUCCAAGCAAGUCCCGCCAUUGACUUACUUCCAUAAUAUCAUCCACGGCCUUGCAAAUUGCAAUUCACCACCACCCAUUUCCCCAAUCCAUAUGGAAGCAAACCUUCAAUCAACACUAAGAAUAAUAACAAGUACAAUCCCCUUGGCUUCAUUCUCUACCCGCCGGGAAAAGAUGAAGAAACAGGGCAUUUGCUCUGUUUUCCUUCUUAUAAUCAUCACCCUGAAUCCCUCUCCCACACUCUCCGCCGGCGACUACACUCCCAUCGACAACAUAGUCGUCGAUUGCGGUUCCACAACCUCCGGCAGCAACAGAGCCGACGACCGGAGCUGGGACGCCGACAACCCUUCGAAAUUCCUCCAGCCCGGUUCGGAGUCGGCUUCUUCCACACCAACAGAGCAUUCCACAAGGCUCGAAAAAGUGCCUUACCUCUCUGCCCGAUGGUCUCGCUCCAACUUCACCUACUCUUUCCCAGUCAACCCCGGCCAGAAAUUCAUCCGCCUCUACUUCUUCCCGGCGACAUACUCUCCCGAUUUCAACAAAUCUGCCGCCUCCUUCUCCGUCAUCGCCGGCCAAUUCGCCCUCCUCGACAACUUCAUCCCUGAUCUCCACCCUCUAGCGAAGGAGGACGGAUUCCAGUUAGAAUUCUGCCUAAACGUGAACCCUAAUCAGCAACGUCUCAACCUUACCUUUUCCCCAACCCCCGCCGCUUACGCUUUCGUCAACGGCAUCGAAGUCGUCUCCAUGCCCACAAAUCUCUACUACUCCGACGCCGGCGCUGGGCUCAACAUCAUCGGUAACGGUAAUCAGCAGAGCAGUAUCCGAAACGACACCGCGUUGCAGCUGAUGUUCAGAAUCGACGUCGCCGGGCAAGGUAUCUCUCCCGACGGCGGCACGGGGAUGUAUCGGAAAUGGAGCCCCGACGAUGAAUACCUCCACAUCGAUCCUCCUCCGAAAUCUGCUUACUACAAUGACUCGGUUCCUCUGAACUCUAUUUACAGAAACGACUCGAUUCAGCUGCAGUACAAUGACGAGAUCCAUAAGCUCGUCGCCCCGGCGGCGGUUUACAGAACUGCCCGGGGAAUGUCCAACAUCAGCGAAUUGAACCUGCAGUACAAUCUCACAUGGAGGUUUCCGGUCGAUCCUUCGUUUACUUACUUUGUUCGGCUCCAUUUUUGUGAGAUCCAGCCACCGAUCAACGCCAGGGAUAACAGGGCUUUCUGGAUCUACAUCGCCAAUCGAACCACCGCGACUUAUACGGAUGUGAUUCAAGAUGCCGGCGGGAAUGGAUUCCCCUUUUUCAAAGACUACUUGGUCAGAAUUAAAGCUGAGGAGGAGAAGUUGUUCGUUGCUCUGCAUCCUUUCCCAGAUAACAGCGCCCAUUACAAUUCGAUUCUGAACGGAGCUGAGAUCUACAAAUUGAGCCGGUCGGGUAGCUUGGCCGGACCGAAUCCCGCCCGCCCCACCAACCCAUCGUCACCGGUUCCGUCUUCCUCCUCAACCACAAGCCCGACUAGAUUAAUCAUCAUUGUUGCCGGCGGCGUCGUGUUAGGUCUCGCCAUGGUCUCGCUCCUGCUUCUCUUCGUCCUCCGCCGGAAGCGGAAAUCCAAAUCCUCAUCGAAUUACAUCGACGGCGGAUCGGCUUCCAAAUCGAUGCUGCCGUAUUCAUCCUUCGCAUCAACCAACGAGACAUCCAAAGAUGGCUCCUCGAAUCUCCCCUCGGAGCUCUGCCGCCGAUUCUCUCUCUCGGAGAUCAAAUCCGCAACCGGCGACUUCGACGACAACUUCAUCAUCGGAGUGGGAGGCUUCGGCGACGUGUACAAGGGACUCAUCAAUUUCAACGGUGGCGGCGCAACCACCGUGGCAAUCAAGAGGCUGAAACAGGGGUCGCAGCAGGGAGCAAACGAGUUCCGAACAGAGAUCGAGAUGCUCUCCCAGCUCCGCCACCGCCACCUCGUCUCCCUGAUCGGAUACUGCUACGACGACGAGGAGAUGAUCCUCGUCUACGACUACAUGUCUCACGGCACCCUCCGCGACCACCUCUACAACAAAUCUCAACAGAGCUCCCCUGCCAUUCCCUGGAAGCAACGAUUGGAGAUCUGCAUCGGGGCAGCACAUGGUCUAGACUACCUACACUCGGGAGCCAGUAACACAAUCAUCCACCGCGAUGUGAAGACGACCAACAUCCUCCUCGACGAGAAUUGGGUGGCGAAGGUGUCGGACUUCGGGCUCUCGAAGAUCGGGCCCACAGCCGGCGCGGCGAACGCGCACGUGAGCACGGUGGUGAAAGGGAGCUUCGGGUACCUGGACCCGGAGUACUACCGGCUCCAACGGCUGACGGAGAAAUCGGACGUCUACUCCUUUGGAAUCGUCUUGUGGGAAGUCCUGACUGCUCGGCCGCCGGUGAAUCGGGCAGGGGGGAACGACAAGAGGAAGCUGGUGAGCUUGGCUGAACUGGCGAGGCAGAGUUGCAAGAAGGGCAGAGUGGCGGAAAUUGUCGACCGGGAGCUCGACGGCGAGAUUGCGCCGGAGUGUCUGAAGAAGUUCGCGGAGGUGGCGAUGAGCUGCUUGGUGGAGAACGGAGUAGACAGGCCGUCGAUGGGGGAUGUGGUUUGGGGGCUGGAUUUCGCCAAGGAGUUGCAAUGCGGCAGCGAGGAGCGGGUGAAGUUGUUGGCGAGCGGUGGUGCUGGUGGUGGCGACGAUGGGAUUGCAGAGAUGCGUGGCGACUCUUGUUCGAUGGAGGGGAGGAAGAGCAGUGGUGGUUCGGGUAUGUUUACAACGAACAGUGAGAUUGAUUUGGGGCCGUGGAUGAACGGAAUGAUGGUUAUUCCGAGUGGCACUAUGACGAGUGUGGAAGAGAGUUCCACCAGUCAAGAAUACCCCGAAGAAGAUGCUUUGUUGGGGUCGAAUGUUGUUUUCUCGGAAAUUUUGGAUCCGAAGGCUCGUUGAAGUUCUUUAUGACCAAUUUGACUAGGGCCUUUAUGCAGGCUAAUAAUCCAUGUACUUGUGAUGAGGAAGUAGAAGUUACAAUACGUGCGCACCACCGUAAAGUAGAAAGCAGGAAGUUUCGUUGGGCAUUGCUAUUCGUCGCCCUAAAAUACCUUAUUCGUCGCUCUAAUAUUUAUUAAAAUUACUAAAAUAUUCUUAGUUUAAUUUUUUAAAAUUUUCGCCUAAACAUACCAAAAAGAGGAUUCUACCCCAAUCCUCAAAACCGUCGCCAAUCCAUCGCCCUAGUCGCUCUAAUUUGCCCUACCCCAUUAACCCCAACUCCGUUGGCCACCAAUCUCCGACUCAAUGAGUAGUACAGCACCACCGCGGCUCCGGCGGCGAUCGCCAUUGCACCCGCCGCCAUCUAAAUAUGGGAGAAAGCGAAACGGAACCCCUCCCUCCCAAUCGUCGCUUUUUGGCAGUUGAGGGGAUAAUGAUUGAUCGAUAAGAGAAUUUAUGGAGUAAAAUUGUUAGGGAUACGGAGAAAGAAGAGAAAGGAAACCUUUUGGCUGUUGAAUGUCAAGGAAGAAGAGGAAGAAGAAAAAAAAUGGCGAGAGAACCUUAUGGAGUCUUCUUCCUUCCUUAGCAACAGCAGGUCGGCGGAGUGGGGAAAUGGGUGCGGCGGUGGGUUCGAGGAAUGGCAGCGGUGGUCGGACGGUUGGUGGGUUAGACUGCAAUCGGAGUUGGCGAUUAGUAAUUGAUAUUGCACAGGGCUAUAAACGUUAAUUUAGUACAAUUUAGGGCGAAAUAAUUUAAAUUUUAGGGCGACGAAUAGCAAUUCAGUAAAUUUAGGGGUUAAUUGCAUGGUUGGUCACUGAGAUUAUAAAAACCGUUCAAGUUUGGUCACUCGAAAUAUUUAAAUCCAUUGGUGGUACUUCAGUUUACUGAAACCGUUCACGUUUGGUCACUCUCCGUCCAACUCCGUUAACUUUUGCUUACGUGGCAGUCAACUCUAAAAGUUGACCAUUAAAUGUGUGACGUGACAAUUAAAAAUAAUUAAAUAAAUAAAAUUUAAUUUUUUAA